CCGUAUUGUUAAUUGACGGGAAAUUCAAAGCUUUGUUGCAGUAAAUUAAACAACAAAAUGAAUAAAACAAAUGCUAUCCCUAAUUGGUUCCAGUCAUUUACGAGUAACUGAAAAUGGCAUCAAAAGACUCAAGAAAUAUAUCUGGGUUUCCCCGGAGAAUUUUGUCAAGCUUGCGUCGUAACAGAAAAGCUGGAAAUGCAGGGACCAAAAAUGCUGGACAGCUUAACCAGUCUGGGUUUACACCUUAUGAUCUAGAAAACACUCAAAAUGAGAUUUCUAUUAUCAACUUUGAAACAGAUCCUCCACUUCAUAGUCCUAGAAAGCAAGAAAAGCUCAAGAGAACUGGAACUAAUAAUGAUUUGCAGCAGGUCGAUGAAAAUACAUCUUUGUUGUCACAAAUAGAUACACAAUCUUACAGUGUUUUGAAUGAUGAUGUCUCGGUGCUUGAGAGUGUACCGCAUGAACUGUUCAGAAACUUGUCGGCACCAUCAGUUCGCAGGGUUGAUCAAUUAGUACAUCCACAAGUAAAUUCCACGCCAAAUGCCAGAAGAAUUGAGCUCGGUGGCAGUGCAGAUAGUGGAAUAGACUGCAGUCUUCUUAUGUCAGAGAAGAGUAGCCCAGAACAGUUUGUUUCAUUUACCCGAAGAGAGGCAGAAAGAUUAAGACAAGAACAACAGAUUCUAGGCUUUAACGAAUCACAACUUGAACCAGUAAAUGAAGUGGACAGCAGAAGUUCAAGUGACAAUGAAAAUGUUGUGAAAGAUAGCUCAGAAGACCUAAACAAUUCUCAACUUGAAAAAGUAGAAGGGUUGAAUAAUGAUAAGGAUGCCAAUGUUCAAGAUCAAAGAAACACAGCUUCCUCUUACAUUGAAACACCAUCCAGUGAAACUGAUGGCAUUAAUGAAACAUUAGCAUUAUUACAGUCAGAUAAUGAUGAUCAGCUUUCCGAAAACACAGACACUGAACCGCCACUUGUCUGUCCUACGCCACUUCCACAUAAUUCUUUCAGAGACUGUGGCGAUUAUGUGACUCUAAAAGAACAAACUGAACCAGUUAAUGCAAUGCAUAGCAAUAAUGAGACACUUGUUGCUCGAAGCAGAACAUUGAAUACCUCACUAACUUCUAGUCAAUUUCAUAAUCAUUCUUUAGAUAACGUUUUGAUGAACAUUCAUGCAAAUAAAACAGAUGAAACUAAAUCUGCAGAAGCCAGAUUGCUUGUACAGCAGCAAAUGUCGGCCAAUGACAAUUUCUCUUCAGUGGCAGAAAUAGUGGAUCCAAUUCCAGUAGUUUCCCCACAAAUUGCCACACACAAAGUUUUACCACAGACAAUAAGUCCAGCUAGACUUUUUGUGAAUGAAAACAGUGCCUUUGCUAGAUGUAAGUCAAUCAAGCGGACUGUAAGUGAUGCUAGUAAAGGGUUCUUUGGAAGAUUUCGGCACAGGUCAAAGGACAGUGUAUCCUCACAAGAGGAUGCUGCAUCCAUAUCAAGCAGUGUUAGUGAUUCAAAAGACAGCAAAGCUUUAGUCCAUAAGUUGAGUAAGAAAUCAAAGAAGUUCAGUGUUAGGAAGCACAAGGCAAAACUUUUUAAUUCAAGUAAUGAGCAAAUAGAUUUGGAACAGGUUGAAAUGGUUGAUAUGAAUCACACUGAAAGACGAAAUCAUAAGCCUCCCAAAGCCAAGAAAGAACAAGUGUCUUCAAAAAGAGUUCGUCAUGAUGCUCCUAGUCAAUCACCAGUUAUGAAAGAGGUACUAUCUGAUGAUGAAAAGGAUAAAGUAACGGGAAUCUUAGCAAGCAGACUUUCUGUUGAGGUUGAAUCUAUAGAGGAUAUAACCCAGAGUAUUUGUAACAUGACAUCAGCCCUUCAUGCUAGCUCAGCAGAAAGUAUUGAUUGUAUUUGUGGCUGUAAGGACAGAAAUUCAAAUGCAGAAUGUUGUGAGAAAAGAAAGACCCCAACACCUCCAUUGAAUACAUGUAGCUCCAACACCCAUCUGUAUGAACUAGAUACAGGAGGCUUAACAAUUGGGGAAAGUGAACAAACCUGGACAGCUGUAGAUGACCCAUGUGAUACUGAAAAUUCACAGGACGUGAAUGAAAGGCAGUCACUCUUGACCAGAGGUAGUCAAUUACUGUCUGAUAAACCUUACAGUGAAACUGGUCAAGUAUGUAAGCCAAGUGCACGUGAUUUAAACAAAGUGCCAGCUAUGAGUGAUCUCUGCUGGGAUGAAUGCAGUGACACCUGUAGUGAUGACGAAUCCCAGUGCUCAUGUAGUUGCCAAGGCGACAGUUGCCAUGGAGGCUCAGAUUCUUCCACACAAGAUAGUUCUGGUGAAAAUGAGGACGAUGUUUUAGACUGUUCACACAUGUGUAUAGCAUCUCCACAGACUGGAAAGAUGCUGUUAUCGGAUGACAACUCGUCUGAUGAUGAAACUGGUUCAAGUCCAUCUUCUUCUAGUUCAUUUUCAUCUGGGUCAUACAAGCAGACUUUACCUAGAAAGGGUGCCAAUCAAAAUGGAAUUGAACUGGAUUUAGAUUCUUCUAUUCAGUCUUUCAAUCUUAUGCAAGAAAUUGACACUCAUGUUGGUAAUAAAAACACUUCAGUGCUCAUGCAGCAGACAUUCAGUGCAUUCCCGGAACAAGGCGAGGGUUCAGAGGAAGACCGAAACUGUGAUAAUGACAAAGAUGGGGUCUUUAAUUCUGACCAGCAAGUUUCACCUUACUCUGUAAAUUUUCAGGAGGUUAAUUUUGAUAAUGGUGAAGUUAUGUACAUGGAAAAUUCAAACUCUGAUGAUUUUAAAGAUUUAUGGAACCCUACGAAGGCUAGACCAGAUUUCCAAAGAAAGUCACAUCUUAUUGAAACACCAAUGUCAAGUCCAAAAGUCCAAGGAAAACAUGAAACUGAGUCAGAUAGCCCAUUGGUAAAUUACCCAAUAAACCCUAGAGUGAAUGAAAGCAUGAACAUGAAUCUUUCACUGCAGGAUCAAAGUGGAAACAGACAGACCAAAGUUUCUGAGUCACAUUUAAGCAAAACUAGUGUGGAUAUCAACGUAAGCCAGGAUGCCAGUUUCACCAAUGUCAGUUUUGAAGGGAGUUUUGCUGAAUGCAGUUAUUCUGUAAGAAAAUAUCAUGAAACUUUGAGAUUGAAAGACCCUAGGUCAAGUGAGUGUGAUUUUAAUGACAGUUGUGCAUUCAAUUCAGAUGCCUAUGAGCUUGAUAGCUCUGUAUCAAAUCCAUCGUCAUACAACGCAGCCAAUCAUUCCUUCAGCCAUCAACAAUCUAAUAAGCGAGAUAAAAAUAACAGACUGAAUUCAACAUUUAAUGGUGCAAGUCAGCAUGAAAAUGAUUUACGUAAACAAGCGUUGAGAAGAGCACAUUCGGUGAUGCACAGCCCGAGCACUAGUUUCUCCAGAAAUAAUCCUUACUAUGCCAGUUUCCAUGGCAACUCACCAUGUCCUUCGCCUCUUGAUCUUUCUGUUAACAAAGGGAGACAACCUCAACAACAGAGAGAAAUGGAGAAUUCAUUCACCCAAGGGAGACAAUUCCAGUCUCCAAUGAAGCAUUCAAAAGCUCCUGAUCAUAUUUCUAAUGCUAAAUAUAACAAAUGGAUGGACCAUCAUGUUGGACAGGUUUACUCUCCAGCAAAGCGAGCACUCCAUAAAAACAGGGGCGUGAGUGAGUCGGACCUGUGUAAAGAGAUUCUCAACCUCUAUGUCAGUGAUGUGGACGAAUCAGGUUUUGAGGUACUUGACGAGACUAUGAACACUUCAGUUAGGACGCUGGCUGAGAAUAGCAGCAGUUCUUUACAAGACCGUGAGUCCAGUUUGGAGCAGAGUUCGUCUUUGCAGUUUGGGACGUAUGUGGCUCCGCAACAUGUUGUGAAAGAGACGAAUGUUGACGACUUCACGACCAAAACUGUGUGGAAAUGCUACACUGGAGAGGCCAGGACAAGAAAAUUACAAGGUGGAAACAACAGUCUGAUUUGUGGCAAUGACAGGAGAAUGGCUGCUGAGGAGGAGCUUGCCAAUAUGUCCCUCCCUCUGGAUAGCAGGAGGCGGGGCUACAGCUUGAAUGAUAGCUGCCCAACCAUCAGUGGGCUAGACUCCAGUAUGAUUGACAGGCCUAGAUCUAGGGGUAGACGGGGCUACAAUUUGAAUGACAGCUGCCCAGCCAUCAGUGGGCAUGACUCGAAUAUAAUGGCCCGACCUCCAUCCAGAAGGAGGCGGGAUCAUAGACUCAAUAACAGCUAUGCUGGGACUUCUAGUAGGAGUAAAUAUGAUGCUGGUGGAAAUUAUCAUGAGAGUAUGCAAAACAGCAGCUUGAAUGACACUGGUAGAUCUCAAAGGAGGCGGAGAAAGAACCUGAUAGACAGUGAAAGUGUAGAGGGUAGGCGGAGACUCAGUUUGAAUGACAGUUUAAAUUUAAACAAACAGAGGUCAAGAUCCAAUGGCGUAAGAAGAUCCAGUGGUGACCAGGAGUCUAGUUUGAACGGCAGUAUGAGGGCUUCCGACAUGAAUGGCAGUUUUAACAUUUGCGAGGAUGAGGACAGCAUUCUGGAGGCGGGCGCUCCUGAUGUGACCCGGGCUCUCCGCCAUUCUGCCCUGCGUGACAAAACCAACACCCAUCGACUGUCUGAUCUUCAACUGCCGACUGGCUUGGCUGGCGAUAUUAGUGACUGUUCCUUGCAAGAAGACAUCCUUGAGGCUCAGGGAAGGUCUGUCAACAAUAUGGGGGAGCAAAGCUUUGACCACCUUACUAUGCUACACACAGCGAAGAAUGGCAAGCGUAGGGUUCGCUGUCUGACGAUGAAUGAAUCGCAGAACAUAGUCAAAUCUUAUCCUCCCCCUAAGGAGGCCAGUCGUAUAAGCUGGGGACAGGACAUCAGUGAAAUGGAUCUGUAUCGACAUUCUCCUAGAAAAACUCCCGUGAAAACCAGGCCCAUCCUCAACCAGAUUGAGAACCAGUACCCCUUCGAAGAUGACACCCCAUCUCCAAUAGUGCUUACCAAAAUGAGGAAACAAAAGCCACUGGCGAAACGAUACAAAAACUGGCCCUGGUCCUAGCAUACAAAAACAGAAAUAUUUGUGCUAAACAUUUGAUCAGUAUACAAAAUAAUGUAUUCCUUUAGGGCCUUGUUCUUAGCUUAUAAAAAAUCUGACAAAGAUGAAUGAGUUGACCUUGUGUUACGCCACUGGCAAUGUGUAUACAGUACUGCUGUGAAGGACUGAAUAAUUCACAGACAAAGAAAUACAGGAAUGGCCCACGGUGGAGCUGAUGGAACAUAAACCUUUGUACAGGGCCUUGUGAUGUGAAGUUUAGAAUGUGCCAGGGCCAGCCAUACACAAGCUUGCUGUAGUCACAGUCCAGGUGCGAACAUACUUAAAACUGGGAGGAAUUGUAUUUGUGUGUAAAAAGCCAUGGCAAAACGGAACUUUUCUUGUACAAAAGUGGGCAUGUGAUUGAGUGUGUAUAAUAUCAAUAGAACCCUCAUCUCACAAAGAGAUAUUAUGAAUUUUAAGGAACUGGUGGCAUAUUCAAAUAAACAUGAACGUAUCUGUUUAAUAUUCUUAGAUGACAUCACAAGGGAAAUGAAGAUCUAGAAAUAUCCUAUAUUGUUUAUUUCAUAUUUUGUUUAGAGUGCUUAGAUAACUGAUUAAUUCAGAAUAUAUAUAGGGGAUCUAGAAUUUACGAUUUAUCCUGAAACCGGGAUUGUGAGCUUUUAAUUUCAGACUAUUUUACAGUUGUAGAGAUUGUUGUUUGUUGCUUGGACUUUUGCAUCAAAAAUAGUAGGAAUACAUUGAAACAAAUAUAAAUGACUUAGGAGACAAUUUUCAAAGAGGUAUAAAUUACUUUACGUAGCUUUGGUCCUGAAUCCUCAUACUCAAAUAGAGGCUAAUUUUAAGUAUUGACAAUUAUCAGCCGGUUAGAACCCCUGGUGAUAGUAUUUCUUAUUGCUUGUCCUUGUUCAUUAAGUUGUGCUACGAACAAGACCUGUUGAUUGUUGUUAUGGUAACUAUGACAAUUUGUUCAAGUGAAUUGAUUCAACAUGUUGCGGUUGAAAUUACAUUUUCCCUGUGGGAAAUGCUGGUAAUGACAGGAAUCUUCUUCCAGAAAGAGAUAAAUAACAGACACAUUUUCAAUUGCUUGCAGCUUAGUGUUUAAAACACAGCUUUAAGUAUGUCAUAUUUUUAUAGCGUUGGAUAGAAGAGGAAUUCAACAAUUUGAAACUAUAUUUCUGUUAUUCCUCCAUUAUGUAGAUUAUUGUGUAAAUUUGCUUCAGCUUAAUUAUAAGAAACACACUAUUGUGUUAAUGAUUGAUCAAACCUGUUAUGAUAUAUACAGUAUUACAUGUAAAAGAUUGUGUAAUUCUUUCUUUCUUUGAAAGUAAGAAUAUAAUGAAGAAGCCAAACACAGACUAGUUCAAUUUAAAGCUUUAAUAGAGUUUUAUGUUCUUUGUAAAGAAAGUGAUAAUCUUAGAUCUUAAAUUGUUUGAUUUUUUUUUUUACAGUACAUCAAUGACAAGUACUCUUGAACUUUUUGCACAUUUUUUUUGCUCGUCUGUAUUCAGAGUGUGAAAAAAAGAAAUGUGGUUAACAUGUUGCCAGAGACAGUGUGCACAUGCAUAACAAGGGCCAUAACUCUGGCUGUAAUUAUUGUUGAUUUAUACCUUUUUUGGACUGAAAAACAACAAAUGAAUGUUGGCGUUCACUCAAGCAUGCUCUCUGGUAUCACCUUUAGAUAUGGAUUGUAAUUGUAUUGAAAUCUUAUAUCUAGACUAUCCAUAAAAUUCCAUGAAAAAAGUUGAUCAGUGUUUAAUUUUAUAGCCCAUUGUCAUUUUUCAGGCCUGUUAUUGUAAUUUUCUUAUGAUGAAGCCAUUUUCGUGAUAUUUCGAUGUUUCAUCUUGGAAAAUACUUGUUUCAUCAGAACAGGCUCAGACUGUUUUAUGUAUAAUGUCAUUUUUAAUCAAUAGCGAAUUCCCUUUAUUGGUGGUGUAUGUAUUUGCUGUAAUUGAAAAAAAAAUAAAGUAAAAAAUGAUAGAUUUGAUAAUUUCCGCAGGGAUUUGAUUUUAAUCUUGUCUGUUUUUCGAAGUAAAGGAAAAGUUAUUGAAAUAGCUUGGUGGCAUAGGCAUUGACAUCAGUUUUGUCGCUGUCAUUGUUCAAAAACUUAAUUACCUUGGCCAUAAUUGAAAUAAAGCUCAAAUAUUCAAAUGAAAAUUGGUAAACUUUAACUCGGACUUUAUUGAUUGUUUAUGCAGUUAUGCCCCUUUCUAACUGAAAAAUAUACAGAAAAGCAUUGAUGUUCGCUUCCUGCUGCUCUUGUUAACAUUCAGGAUUUGUGUGAAAACUAUAAAACAUUGUACCGGGUACCUUAGAUUCUAUUGUGUGAAUUUUACCUCAAAUAACAGGAAAAAUGCACGUGUUCAACGGUAGAUAAUAGCCUAGGAUAGUUAAUGUGCUAGGAUAGAAGAUACUCAUAAUAAUCGGGUAACAUCGCUUAAAACUGUGUAGUACACAGGGAAACCUGUUUUUUUUUAUAUUCCAAAUCCAUUUAUACGAUCUCUAGAACAUGGGCAAUAUUUUAUUCACAUUUGGGGUAAAUAACUGCAUUUUAGUUAUUGUAAAAUUUCUCUUUGUCCACAUGAUGCAUGAAUUUUAAAUGAAAACUUGAACUGUUUGUCUUUCUCUCUGAAUUUUGUUAAAGGUUACAUCUAACUUCUAAAAGAUAUUUUAAUAUCAUACUUUUAAUUAUUUUAUGUUUUAUGUUUGACCUUUUAGUUUUAAUUUUUUUCAAAAAUAACAAUGCAAAUAUUUUGUUCUUUUAUCCAUGUGUUUAAAAAUAUUUUACAAAAAUCAUAAUAAUUCUGUUCAUAUAACAUUUACUUUGUUGAUGUUUCUGAAGUUUAAACCGAUUUUUUUUACCCUGGUUGUGAAAAAAAUUAUAUGAACUUAAAGCUGCACUCUCACAGAUAUUCCAUUUUUACAACUUUUUUAUUUUUUGUCUUGAAAAGAGCAAAAUUUUGCAUAAAUAUCUGCAAACCAGGUUUAUAAGUUUGCUGACAAAAAAUGAGAUCGUACAUUUUCAUAUUUCCGUUCGAAAAUUAAUGUUUUAUGGCUUAAACCGUUAAUAACUGUUUAAGAAAAAUGCAUAAAACAUCAAUUUUUGAACUUUAAUAUAAAAAUCAUCAAUCUAACUUUUUGUCAGCAGUCUUAUAUAACUGGUUUCCAUGGAUUUUCGCAAAAAUUGGCUCGUUCCAAGACAACAAAUAAAAAGUUGUCAAAAUGUUCAAUCUGUGAGAGUGCAGCUUUAACAUUCUUGUUUGAGAUUGUGGUCUUGUGUUUGUGUUGUUUUGGAAACUGGAGUGUCUGGAGAAAACCAACUUAUACAGUUUGGCGACCUCCAACCAGAUAUAUUUCUUUUUUUAUGAUAUGGUUGUGCAAACAUCUUUUUUCAGUAACUACUGGUACCCCCUCCAUAACUGUUUCAUGUUAAGUUUGGUGUGUAUUGAUUAGUUUAAUGUAAGUAGACUGUAGACCUUAAUUUCAUGUUUGUCUUUCAUUUUACAAUGAGUUGAUUUUGGUGCUAUAGAAGGUAUAGAAGUCGAGGCAAUUUGUUGAGUUUCGUUGUCAGAACGAAAUUGAAUUUGACAUGCGAUCACAGAAAUCAAUGUUUUCAGGAGUAUUUUGUAAUAGUGGCCUUUGAUAACAGUUCAUCAUUAUGUACAAUUAUUUAAUAAUGCAGUUCUUGAUCUAGAGAAGGGAUGAAAAAGUGACUUAUGACGUAUUUAAACUCUAAAAUAUUUUUUAUCUCUAAAACUGAGAUUCUCCUCAAACCAAAACAUAGACUCUCCUUAUAUUGCCUUCAAUCUCCUAGAUUAUCUUGGUAAUAUUUAUACAUACUUAUCUUGGAUCAUGCUAAGGUUUUGUAAGAUACAUGAUAUUCCAGCGUUUUCAUUGUUGUACUGCUUUUUCUAUGUAUCAUUUGCAACCUGUGUUGAAAUUGCAUUUGAAUAUUUUAGUGGUUUCAGCACUGGGCCACAAUUAAUAAUGAUUUUUUAGCCAAACCUGACCUUGACCAACCUUGACUGACCUUGACCAACCUUGACUGACCUUGACCAACUUUGACCUACUCACACACAUACAGCCGACCUGAAAGAGUUUUAACCUCUCAGAUAGUCAUAUUUUGAAUAAUUUUUAUCAUUACGGAAUUAUAAGGGUUAGUAAGUAAACCUCAUAAUGUGGGCUGGGGAAGGCAAAAAAAGUAGAUUUUUAUUUGUUGGAUAACUAUGUUAUCAGGGUAACGGAAAGAAGUUAGGUAAUCAAUGUUAUUUCAUGCACCAGUUUAUCAAAAAUAGUGUGCCUUUGUGAAAAAUGAUGGAAUUGUUUUCAUGAAUGGUUGUGUGAGUUUAUUCCAAGAAUUUAAUUUGGGGCUGUUGUUAAAUGCCUGCUUAUUAUCUUUUAAACAGUUUGUAUUAUUAUCUAAGUCAAGAAAGCACUUUGUAAAUAGAAUCUAUUUCUCCCUUUCCUUCUAUUUUUUGUUUGCCCUCUGUUCUCUUUCUUUUUUGUGUGAUUUGUUUUUGCAUUUUAAUUUAACAUUUAAUAGUCAUAGUUGUUUUAGCUUAUGGGAUAUUUUUUUGGUAUUUGUCUUUGUGUAACGUUUUGCCAUUAAUUUACCUAUAUACAAUAAAAUAAUGGGAGUCAUAUUUAUUUGAAAUGUAAUUUAUUUCAUUCAUUCUCUUUUCAUGUCUUAUGAAUUUGUUUUGUACAGUUUACAACCAUAAAUGGCUUUAGUUUUAUUUGAAUAGUAGUUCAAUGUUAACGUCCUUAUGUAUUAAUUGGAAGACACUUGGCUGAUUGUUCAGAACUUUGUUAAUUUAACAAUGUAAUUAACUGCCUUGUUGGUGACUAUUAAAGGUAAAAUAUUUAUUUAUAUAUUUAAAUUAAACAAGUACAGCUAAAACUGUUAUCUCAAAUUUUGCUAGGAAUACUGUAGAUCAUAAGUGUUUCCAUGAUAUAUUCUGAGAAGAUAAGAUUCCAAGGUAUCAAAGAUGACAUAAACAAUGUUGAUUAACAAAGCUCUAAACAAUUAGCCCAUUUUCAUUUGAUGAAUUGUGUUCAAAUAUUUUGUGUUCACAGAAAUCAGGGAAUGUAUACAAUUGAUAGUCAAGAUUAAACAUGUUUAAUCCACAAAUGAGAUUUGUUAUAUUUGUACAAUGCUAAGUUUUGUAGUUAGUGCAAUAAAUAGG